CUUUUUUGUUUAUAUUUGCAUACAGAAAAGUGCAGACAGGCGGAUUGAGGCACUUUUUGGCAGGGCAGGUUUAGCAAAAAUCUGACCACACUGCAGCGAAUUGGUCAGAAAAGAUUGAAUCAACCUAAAGAAAUUACAUACUAUUGAAAAUAAGAAAGAUUUUUGAAAUAAAUAUGGAAGAGGAGCAUCCGGACAGUAUCCUUCCGGAUGACGAGGCAGAGGCUGAGAUGGCCAUGCUUGUUGACUCGGCAUACCCUGAUGGCGACGAGCCACCAAGAAUUCCUCCUGCUGGAACUUCAUUCAUUGUCGUAGAAAAUGCUGAUUUGAUUUCGGAUGAUCAAAGAGAAGAGGCUGCUGCAAAAAAGAUGAAUGAGUUGACCCAAAUGUACCUUACAGGAAGACUGCCUUUUUCCGAAUAUUUAAAAACCUUAGAAUCUCAAGAAGGAGGCAACGUCGGCGGUGAAAGUGGAGGUGACGGCGAGUCAAGCCUCGAAGAUGAUGAGGAUGAAGAUUACAUGCCUUCUACGAGUAAAUCAAAGACAAAAAAGAAAAAGGCUGCAAUAAAGAGGGAAGCGUUCUGUAGAGAGUUUGAUGCCACCAGAAGGAAAAUCAGAACAACUAGGAGAGACCUGCCGCCCAUUCUGAGCAACCUCUUAGGUCAGGCCAACCUUAAAUACGCUCAGGGUGACAAGGAGGUGGCUGGCCAAAUUUGCGAAGAAAUUAUUAGGCAGGUUCCUCAAGCUCCAGGACCGUAUAAGUUGUUGGCUUUAAUUCAAAAAGAUAAAGGUCAAUAUGAAAGUGGCCACUACUACUCUCUGAUAGCCGCUCACCUAUCACCUGGCUGCGGAGCUGACGAAUGGAUGCAGUUGGCUGAAACGUCACUCGACUUUGACAAGAAAGACCAAGCACUAACUUGCCUGGCCAGUGCCAUCAAAAGUGACAAGUUCAAUCCCGAUCCCAGAUUGAGGCAGAUAAAACUUUUGAACAAAAUGGGCCAGAGUAAAGCUGUGCUCAGGGCCAGGGAGAGCAUGGUCAGGGUAAUUGGCAGCAACCCUAAGUGCGCCCAACACCACGGACGACUGAUUCUGCUGCAAGCCAAAAUAGCAGCUCGUGAGUACCACCAAGAAAAUAACCUGGCAAAGGCAACUUCAGUUAUGGAAGCGGCCAUCAACGCAUGCAAAAGCAGUGCCAGUGAGGACGACAUUCACCUUUUGGUGGAGUUGCAUUGUGAGCAGAAUGAAAAUCUGAAAGGCCUCGACCUGUUGAGGAAAGCAUGUGGUUUGGAGCUGCAACCUCAAGAGCCACCUUACCAGAUGUGCCGCUGCCCAUCUUCAAUGGAACCAGACCUGAGAGCCAAACUAGUUGUAUUUUUAGUUAGACUGGACGUUGACAAGACACUUUUGGAGCCCAUCUUACUCAUGUUCAUUGACGACCCUGGAGAAGAUCACGGGGAAAGAUUUUUGGACAUGGUUGAAGCUCUGAUGGCAAAGGGACGGUACCGGGAAGCCAUGCUUCUGAUGAACCCUCUGGUCGAGUCAGAAGCCUACAACACAGCUGCUGCUGUUUGGCUGACCCAUGGUGAGUGUUUGAGACACUUGGGUGAUCUUGACGGAGCCCAAAGGUCGUACACCAACGUCAUCACACUUGCGCCCCAACAUAUCCAGGCCAGAUUGACGCUGAGUUCCAUUUACUGCCAAUUGGAAAAGCACGAACGAGCUCUUCAGGUACUGCAUUCCGGCGAGCCUGAGGCACGGCUGUUGUACGAAGAAUUUCUACUGCUGCUGCAACACAAUUCUGAGAAGUCUGUCAAAGUUGCCAUCAACCUGAUGGAGCAAUACAUCAAACCUGGCAGUGUACGAGAGAUGUACGAAUUGGUUCUGCUGAAAAAGAGACGAAGUGGUUUUGAUCGUGAGGUUGAAAAUGGUCCAACUAAAGAUGAAUUGUUUGCUGUCAUCCUGAAAGCUUGUGACCUCUGCAUUCAGCUGAAACGCUUCAAAGAAUUCAAACGGCUGGUUUUUAUUGCAUCACACAUAAAACCUCUAAUAAACCAAAGGAAGCUGCUUAGCUUCUUGGUUGCCGUCUCUUGCAUUCAUCACAAAGACCCUCAGCUGGCUUGGAGUUUCUGCAGAGACGUCCUGUUCCAAAAUCCUCGAUCUAACUACGCCUGGCACCUUUUUAAUCUCUCCUGCAAACAACUGGACGAGCCUAGGCACACCAAAUUUGUCUCGAGGAUUUUCGCAAAGGAUCCGUCAAACUGGGCCUGCGGAAUGGCGUAUACCAACAACACAUUUCUUGCUGCGUCGUAUAAAGAUGCCCUGGUUGAGUUGGCAACCAGACACAAAAUCAGCCCUGAGGCCUACACUGCUCUGAUGCUGGGCAUCACCUGGACGCACAUCAGCUGCCAGAAAUUUGUCCAGGACAAAAGCACUAUGGUCUCGCAGGCCCGAGCGUACUUCGAGGAGUAUGACCGGUUGCGUCAAGCUGGUCAUAAACAAGAAGUUUAUUACAAUUUAGCCCGUUGCAUGCAACAGCUAUCAGUUUUCCAUCUGGCAAUUCAUUACUACAAACUGGCUUUGGCGACCAAGCCCUUAAGCCCUGAACUGGACCUUUGCCGUGAAAGUGCGUACAAUUUAGCCUUAAUAUAUCUCACAAGUGGAAAUUCUCUUAUGGCCAGAAAUUUGUAUUCUAAAUAUAUUGUGUUUGAAUAAAUUGAAAAUGUAUAACAUAUGUAAUAAAAAUUAAA